UGGGCCAAUUGGACUCCGUUGCGAAGGAGGAGUCGUUGGGCUGGUGCUGGUGCUGGCGUUGCUGUGCCAUCUCAACGUUGGCGUUGCUGGUGUUUCCCGGUAUACUCUGUUAUCUCCGCUUAUCUCCAUCAACAGUACACCGUGUUAGCUCCGCUUAUCUCCAUCAACACUCCACCGUCAACAUGAAAUGGCCUGUUUUGUGUCAUUUCGAAGGUUCCCACAAUGCUUUUGGAGAAACACAAAUCCCUCCUCAAUGUCCUCUGAUUCUGUUGCUGUAGAAGUAGAUAGCUAAGGCGAGCAUCCCCUGGUAAAAUGCUCAAGUCGUGCCUCUUGAUCGGAGCCUUGGUUGGGUUCGCAUCGUCAAAGUCGUACAUAGUCCAGCUUGUGGAGGACACGUCCUCCGAGACGUUCUUGAGGGCUCAGUCCCAUGUCAGAGCGUCUCACUUCUCUCUGAUGAUUAGGCAGACCAUCACGAUCGGGGCUCUUGAGUGGCUUGUUAUGGAUAUCGAGGACGAGGCUGACGAUUCCAGUUCGAACGCUGUGGAGAUUGUUCAGAUGGACCCGUUGGUUGCUUCUGUUGAGCCCAAUGCGGAGGUUUACCUCAUGCAGGACGAUCCCUAUGGCUUACAGUACGAUCCCUAUGGCUUACAGUACGAGCCUGAGGAGGCCUGGUUCGAUGCAGAAGGUGUGUUCCAAUACGACGGUUCUGAGGUUUAUGAGGAUGUUGAGCCAUCUGAUAGCGACGCCAACAGCCAGUUUGAUGCACCGGAACACUUGGCCCGUAUCUCCAGACGUGAAGGUGUUUGGCUUUCACAAAAGCCAUAUUCAUUUCCCUAUGAUGGCUGUGGUGAAGGUGUGACGGCCUAUGUGAUUGACACCGGUGUGGAAACCUCACAUCCUCAGUUCGAAGGACGUGCAAGGCAGUUGUUUAACGCAAUUGACGAUGAGCCAAACACGGAUUUGAACGGCCAUGGAACUCACGUUGCAGGACUUGUUGGCUCGAAGACGUAUGGAUCAGCCAAGUGUGUCGAUAUCGUUGGAGUUAAAUCUCUCAGCGCAACAGGUAGUGGUAAUAUAUCAACCAUCUUACUGGGGAUAGAAUUUGCAGUUAAUCACUGCAAAGAACAUAGUGAGACACACAAGUGUGUUAUCAACAUGUCACUCGGAGCAUACUUCAUGUCGAGUGUGAACGAUGCCUGUGAUGCAGCAAGUGAAUUAGGGGUGGUGGUGGUUGCAGCUGCUGGUAACAGUGCCGUGAGUGCAUCGAUAACGUCACCUCUGAGUGCACGCAGUGUCAUUGCCGUUGGUGCAAUGGAUUCGAAAACAGAUAGCAUCACAAACUUCUCAAACUAUGGACAAAGCGUGGCAACGUUUGCACCUGGCUGGGAAGUUGAAAGCUUGGAUUUCACCAACUUUGGCCUUCCGGUGAGGUACAGUGGUACCUCAAUGGCUUCUCCAAUAGUGGCUGGUGUUUGUUGUGUCUUACUUUCCAAGGGCGUUGAACCAAAAGAUAUGAAACAAGUAAUCGUGGAGACCUCGACUGAAGGAGCAAUGUCGCAUUCUUUAAACCGUUGGCGGUACUAUUCAACCCCUGAUAGGGUCAUAUACAUGGGACCACCAACAGAGAGUAAGAGGGCCAAUGUUGAUAGAGCAAAGGGCGAAAUCAACCGUCCUAAGUCCAUGUUCAAACAAGUAGACGUUCCUGGACAGUUGGACUUUGACGUUGAGCGUGAUCCAGUGAGCAGUCCAUAGCUAUUUCAG